CCGAGCGCGCCGCCUGAGCCGGAGCGGCCUGAGGGGGCCCCGGGAGGCGCAGGAUGCGGCUGGCGGCGCUGCUGAGGGCGGCGGCGGGAGGCGGCGGCUGGCGGGAGCGCUUCGACUGCGGCGGCCGCGACGUGGCGCGCUGGUUCCCCGGGCACAUGGCUCGAGGGCUGAAGGACAUGAGGAGGAGCCUGCGCGCCGUGGACGGCCUGCUGGAGGUGCACGACGCCCGCAUUCCACUUUCCGGCCGGAAUCCUGCCUUGAAUGAGGUCCUGGGGAUCCGCCCACAUUUGCUGGUGUUGAAUAAAAUGGAUUUGGCAGAUCUGACCCACAAGUCGAGAAUUCUGGAACUUUUGGAACAGCAAGGUUUGCAGCACGUUGUCUUCACCGAUUGCUUAACAGAUGAAAAUGUCAAGAAGCUUGUUCCCAUUCUCACAGGGCUGAUCAAAAACAGCCAGCGCUAUCAGAGGGCGGAGAAUGUGGAUAACAACAUCAUGGUGAUCGGAGUGCCGAAUGUGGGCAAAUCCUCAGUCAUCAAUUCACUGAGAAAGCUGCACCUCGGGAAAGGAAAAGCCGCGCCAGUUGGUGGGGCGCCAGGUAUAACCAGAGCGGUUCUGACCAAGAUCCAGGUGUCUGAAAAGCCCCUCAUGUACUUGCUGGAUACUCCUGGGGUGCUGUCCCCCCAAAUUGAGUCCGUUGAGACAGGGCUGAAGCUGGCACUUUGUGGAGCAAUUCUGGAUCACCUGGUGGGAGUGGAGGUCAUUGCUGACUACCUUCUGUAUGUGCUGAACCAGCAGCAGCAGUUCAGCUACGUGGAGCGUUACGGGCUGAGCGGCCCCUGCGAUGAGGUGGAGAGCGUCCUCAAAAGCAUAGCACAGCACCUGGGCAAGGUGCAGAAGGUCCGGGUCCUGACGGGCACAGGGAAUGUGAACGUCUCCAUCCCGAAUUACAACGCAGCAGCCUGUGACUUCAUCUCCGCCUUCCGCAAGGGGCUUCUGGGGAAGGUGAUGCUGGAUCAAGGGGGCGAGGGCCUCGCCUGACCUGGCCCUUUUCCUCUGGGAAGCCCCCGGGGCCUGCCAGGAGGAAGGAGCCGCACUGCCUUUGAGGAGCCCUUUGGCUUUCUUCAGAAGCUCAGCUGGGUUGGGCCUUGCAACGUCCAAGGGGCCAUUACAGCCGGGCCUUUUGGGGGGCAAGAGGUGAUGCAAACUCCCUUGGAAGAGUCUCCCCUUGGACCUCUUCUACGACUCAUCCUGGAUCAUUUGGUGUCUGUUUUCCAAUCCUCCGUGCCGUGUCUUGCCUGGGGUGACGAAGCAAUAGCUGGAGAGAUCUAUUGUUUGCCUCCCAUUUGAUUGCAUUGUGACCUGUUCAAGGCCAGGUUCACAAAUGCUGCCAUCCUACAAUGAAAUUAACACCCUGUUGCAAGUUAAACUACUGCUAUCCCAUGUUUUGUAACAGAGCUGCAUCCCAUAGUUUGGCUUCCCCUUUUGGAUAUUACGAAUAAACAAUUUUAAGAUUGCUUUUCCAUUGGCAUUGCACCAACUUCCCUCCUGCCAAGGAAGAAAGAAAGAAAACAUCAGGGAUGCAGAAGACACAAAGGAUAAAAGCAAGAAUAAGAUGAAGAUGCAAACUGACUUAUGAAGGAGAGAAACACCAAGAACUAAGGAGACAUUUCCCGACAG